GUGCGCGUUUUAGUUUGCUGGUGUUCGCGGUGCGUUGCGCUUGUAUCGUACGUAAACAGUUAAAUUAAUUUUAGGAUCACUUGUGAAUAAACAUAAACAAACAUCCAGCAGUUUUAAUUAGCGUUUACAUCGUUACAGUGUGCUCGCACUUUAAUUCGGAUAUAAAACUUAAGAUCUGAUUCGGAUAAGCGUACGUCACACUAAAUCGCCGCCGCGCAACAUUGAUCAAAUAAUGCAUCCGCAUCUACAUACCUCCAAUCAGUGAAAGAGAGACACGAAGAGAAUUAAAACAGUAUGGAGGGAAUAAGAUAAGUGUCGUUAGGCAACCAUCAAUAUUAGUGUAGUGUACAUAUCGGACCGAAAUCAAAAUGGAUCGCAAGCGUCGAAAAACGGCGAACGCCACAUUGACGGAGCGACGCUCUUUUAAUUUGUUAAAUUUCGUUUUUACCUGUUUCGUUCUAUUUUUGGCGUUCAGCUUUGCCAACUCGAAUUUCACCUCGCGCGUUAAUAAAAUAAGCGACGAUCUGCACAGGGCGUUGGGCGCCGUCCUCGAAUUGGACGGCCCGAAUUACACGGAUAUCUACGAGAAGAGGGUGUACCAUAGCGAUCCGAAGUUCCAUCCGAAGGGGAUGGCCGGACUUUACAACAUCACGACGAUGUUUAUGAAUCUGAUCAUAUCUCAGCAAAUUUAUCCCGAAGGUUUCAUCAAAGUGGAAGAUGGGAAAUUAGUGUUCGGAUCCUUCGAGGAACAAUGGCAAGCUCUUCUCGCACAUUACGCCGCAUUAAUUGCGGUUGCAGUUGUGCUAAUAAUCUUCGGUGUCUUGAUGCCUAUCUGUGGAUUGUGUUUUUGCUGCUGUCGGUGCUGUGGAAAAUGUGGGGCACGUUCGAAACCGUUCGAUAAAAAGGGAGACCUUUGUAAGAAGAUAUGCCUAGCCACGGUCCUAAUUGUUUUGGGGACCCUAAUGCUAUUUGGGGUAGUUUGCGCGUUUGUCAGCAACCAAAACAUGCAAGAUGGCACCAACGACUUACCGAAAAAUUUAAAAACCACAGUCGGAGAUAUCGACGUAUACAUACAGGCAACGGCGAACGAAAUCUAUGUUCUGCUCACUGUAAAUUACAAGGAAUUUGAAAAUCUUCUCUUUGCCACGCUGGAUAAUUGUAGCGCCAUCGUUUCGGAUCAGCUAGAGAAAUAUUCAAACGCGACCGCUCUAACAGAGGUCGUUACGAUAGUGGACGGUUUGGCGGACAUCAAAUCGAAUCUCACCUUUAUGAAGAUAGUCACAGCGGAAAUGCGCACGAACGCCUCUGAACUUAACGACGUGCUGAGAGGCGUGAAGAAGCGUUUGUUAGAAGCCCUCAAGAGAUGCAAUUCAGUAUAUGAGUGCAGUGAUAUGCUGUCAAAUUACAUCAAUCAACUUGGUACUGACAUCGAUUUCAGUUCAUACUUGGAUAGAUAUUUUCCAAAGUUACCCGAUAUCUCACUGGAGAUCGACAAAUUGAACACAGUCUUACAUUCGGACAUAGCCGGCGCCCUACAAAAAGGCCAACAGGAUCUGGACAACAUUCAAGUGGAAAUAAAUAAAACGAUCAGUUCGCAAAUACCCAAGGUGAAAAAGUCGAUAAUGACGGCGGGGGAGGAGAUCAUCGCGGGCGGCUCGAACGUCACGUCGCUCCUGUGGAAGGUAAGGCAGGCGCUGGAGGAUUACGCGGAGAGACCGUUGGAGCAUCUGGGAGGUUAUUUGGGAAAAUAUUCGCCGUACCGUUACUAUCUGGGAUUGGGGGUCAGUUGCCUUUUGCUUUUGAUUACGCUGUGUGUUACGCUCGGACUGAUCUGUGGAAUCUGCGGAAAGAGGCCCGAUGCUUACAGCGACGAUUGCUGCAAUAAGGGGGCAGGCAGUCGAUUCUUAAUGAUUGGAGUUGGAAUAAUGUUCCUGUUUGCGAUAGUCUUAGUAGCUGUGACGAUAGUACAUUUCUUCUUAGGAAUUUUAGCGCAAAGAUUAGUAUGCGACUCAAUCCGAGAGCCUAAUAAUAGUCAGGUUAUAAAGUUGUUUGAUGAGGUUAUGAAUUUGAAGAGCAGCGUUGGCGUAGACGUCGAUAUCACUUCGCUACUGAACGCGUGUUAUAAAAAUAAGAGCCUAUACAACGUGUUGCAACUCGAAAAGAGCUUUGAUAUUAACGAAGUGAUCACGUAUUUGGACAAAUUCGAAAUCAACAAGACGCUCGCCGACUUAACCCAUCACAUUAACGCGAAUACUGACAUUGAUAUACUAAGCGCGGAUGCGGAGAACCGUUUGAGGGAGUUGGUUUCCUCCGGUAUAGCCGAUAUUAGUUACGAUAAAUUUAUUGACGAGUUUGCCAUUAAUUUUACAUCGGUGGAUUUGGAUUUCUUAGCUAGCAAAUUAGACGAAUUAACAGAGAUUGUUAAAAAUAAAGUGCCAAAUGAACCCGAGAUACCGAGACAGUUAAUAGAUUCUGCGAGAAAAUUACGUACAUAUCAGCAAAAGUAUGUCGUGCCAAUGACCGUGAAGGCGAGGGAGGCGAGCGCGAUCGCGCAAAACUUGAAGGAAAGCCUUAAGUUUGGAAAAGAAUCUUUCGAAGUUGCCAUAAAUACUUUAAUUGAAGAGCUGGAGGCCGCAGAGGAAUAUCUUAGCGUUAAGGGACCAAGCACUAUGACAGAGAUUGCACGGAAUUUUGCGUAUGGAAUUGAAAAACAAGUACGGAUUUACUUGUACCGAGUAAUUAACAACACCAAAGGUUCCAUGGGUCAGUGUGGUCCGUUGAGUGCCGGGUUGAAUUUUACAUUGGUUGCCACUUGUGAUAAAAUUUUACUGCCAUGGAAUGGUUUCUGGUUCAGCUUAAUGUGGUGCCUAGUGUUGUUUAUACCGACAAUAAUAUUUUCGGUAAAAUUGGCAACGCUGUAUCAAAAGUACGAACCGUAUCCGGGACCACUAGUUGAGGCCGAAUAUUUGUAUGAUGCAUAUGCCGAUCGGGAUAACAUUCCCCUUAAUAGUAGUGGCAAUAACAAACGCUCAAAAGUGAAGAGCAAGAAGAAACAGAAGCGUUACGAGAGGGGGGCGUUCGGUCCCGAUGCGUCGGGCGAUGGUGUCACACGAGAUAUGCCUGGAGGAUCUCAUUAUCAAGAUGCUCGAUAUGCUGAUAUGGCUCCCAAACAUUGGGACGAAUUUCCUGCAGGAGGCCCUCCGCAGUACCAAAGAGCUCCAACUGAAUAUGAAAGACCGCCUCCGUACUACUUUCCUGGAACGGAACAACAGUAAACUGUGGACUGACCGAAGAUGAAUGCAUAGACUGAUUAGCAUUUUUUCUUUUUUAUACAUCACAUUGAAUUCAUUCACCGAUUUCGAAUUUCUACAGCAGUAUUUUUUUCGGUUCUGUUUAAUUUAAUAAUAAUAAUAAUUUAGGUAACGAUCUCGAAACAUUUCUUACUUUUUCAUGUAAAGCGAUUGCUCAAUCCCUAAUUCAAUUAAUUCCUCGCUCAAUGUGAAGUCGAACAAAAUCGCGGGCCUCAUAAAUUGGUUGUUAAAAGUUGAAUGGUUACCACCAUGUUAUAUUGAAAAAUAAGCAAAUAUGUGAUGUUCUCUAUAUUUUUGCACGAUUAUAUUUGCAAACAAAAAUUUUUAAAUUUUUGAUUUUCAUUUGCAAAGACCAGAAUGGGAACGACUUGCUUGCAAAUAUUGAUGUGCAUAGAUAUUUUCUUAAAAGUACCUAAGUAGGUACUAAUGUAUUUUAUUAAUAAUGUAUGUCAAUGUUAUAUAGUGGAAUUACGUAGUCGUCUCUUAGGGCUCUGCGGUAUAAAGUGUUGUUAAGUAUGCGGUUGUAAACGAACCACGGAAGUAGUUAAAAAAA